GCAAAAAGUCCAGCAGCUUCCGCAGUUUGCAGCAAGUGCCUGCCUGGUCUGAGCUGCCCCUCCUCCCCGCCAUCUCGGACCCGUUGCUUCAGCGGACCAUAUCCCAGACAACCCUAUCGUGUUCACCGGAUACUAAACCCGGCUGGCGUCAUGUCUUCGUUCAGCCCCACCCAGAUCUUCGAGGAGGGCACGACAGAGGAGAAGGGCGAGAAUGCCCGCCUCGCAGCCUUCGUCGGAGCCAUCGCCGUGGGCGACCUUGUAAAGAGCACCCUUGGGCCAAAAGGCAUGGACAAGAUUCUGCAAUCUGCGUCGACCGGCGAAAUCAUGGUCACGAACGAUGGCGCGACGAUUCUCAAGGCUAUCGCACUCGACAAUGCCGCGGCAAAGGUUCUAGUAAACAUUUCAAAGGUGCAAGACGAUGAAGUCGGUGAUGGUACUACGUCAGUGGCUGUUCUCGCUGCGGAACUACUCCGUGAGGCCGAACAACUCGUCGCCAAGAAGAUCCACCCGCAAACUAUCAUUGAGGGCUAUCGGAUAGCCAGCCAGGCGGCAUUGAAAGCCUUGGAGGACUCGGCCGUGGACCACAGCAAAGACCCCGAAGCCUUCAAGAAGGACCUCUUGGCGAUCGCCAAGACCACGCUCAGCUCCAAGGUGCUCGCCCAGGACAGGGAGCACUUUGCCAAACUGGCGGUCGAGGCCGUCCUGCGGUUAAAGGGCUCGCCUGAUCUCAGCCAUAUUCAGAUCAUCAAGAAGGCAGGAGGCAAGCUCAGCGAGUCUUACCUCGAUGAGGGGUUCAUCCUGGAUAAGAAGAUCGGCGUCAACCAGCCAAAGCGCCUUGAAAAGGCCAAAAUUCUCGUCGCUAACACGUCAAUGGACACCGACAAGGUCAAGAUUUUUGGCGCCCAGCUUAAGGUCAAUUCGACGAGCAAGCUGGCGGAGCUGGAGCGGGCCGAGCGCGAGAAGAUGAAAGCCAAGGUGGAGAAGAUCAAAGCCCACGGCAUCAACUGCUUCAUCAACCGGCAGCUGAUCUACAACUGGCCUGAGCAGCUCUUCACUGAUGCCGGCAUCAUGUCGAUUGAGCACGCCGAUUUUGACGGGAUUGAGCGCCUCGCCCUCGUCACGGGUGGCGAGAUCGCCUCUACUUUCGACCACCCGGAGCAGGUCAAGCUCGGGCACUGCGACUUGAUCGAGGAGGUCAUGAUCGGUGAGGACACGUUGAUCAAAUUCUCGGGUGUCGCCGCCGGAGAGGCCUGCACCAUCGUCCUUCGCGGCGCGACGGACCAGCUGCUCGACGAGGCGGAGCGCAGCCUGCAUGACGCGCUGGCCGUCCUCUCGCAGACGGUCAAGGAGCCGCGCACUACGCUGGGCGGCGGGUGUGCCGAGAUGGUCAUGGCCAAGGCCGUCGAGGCUGCUUCCACUCGCGUCGAGGGCAAGAAGCAGACCGCUGUGAUGUCGUUUGCCGUCGCCCUGCGCCAACUGCCGACUAUCCUCGCCGACAACGCGGGUCUCGACUCGAGCGACCUUGUCGCGCGCCUGCGCAAGGCCAUCUACGAUGGCAUGACAACAUACGGGUUAGACCUGAUGACUCCCGGCGGCGGCGUGACGGAUAUGCGGGAGCUCGGUGUCAUCGAGAGCUACAAGCUCAAGCGAGCGGUGGUCAACUCGGCUAGUGAGGCAGCUGAGCUUCUCCUGCGUGUGGACGACAUAAUAAGAGCGGCUCCCAGGAAGCGGGAGAGGCACUGAGUGAAGGAAGGUUUCGACGGUGAGGUGUUGGGCUCUAUAGUACCAUAGAUAGUCCCAAUACAUUGCUGUAAUUAGGCCGGUUGUGCUGAACGACCCUGGAAUGACUGUGCCUUGCCUUGUGAGCAAUGGUUAGGCAGCGGCACGCCUGCCCAACUCGGUGACGGAGACCCAAGAUUGUUCUUCCGGUUAUCCAGUUGAGGAUGGUUAUCCAUGCAUGCCUGCGUGGUGGGGCCAGGAAUGGGAACAAAUACUGCCCACACAUGCCAUUUGUACGUUGUUGGUGUUGCAAUUUCUAGCUAUAAUGAAGCCGUUCUUUACUCCUGGCUCCAUGUGCAAUCAUCAC